CGCGUGUAUUUGGUUGUUGUGACCCUAUACGUGUAUUUGGUUGUUGUGACAUAUAUUUGUGUGUGUAUAAAACAUUAUUUGUCUAGUAAUGAGCUGUAACUUCAUUUUAACAUAUUUGUUUAACCAAUGUAUAUAACUAGUUAUAUAUAACUAGUAGUUAUAUAUACAUUGGUUUAACUGUUAAAAUCGAAGUCCAUAGAAAUCACAUGGUGUUUCGUUUACUACUUCAAUAAAUUUCAUGGUUGUUAAAAAGAACGCGGUAAAUAUGAAAUUCCUCAAUACAAUAAAUUAAGGUGUAGUGCUUUAUUUAUACCAGUUUUAUAAGGAUUGCUUUAUUAUGAGGAGAAGUCUUGCCCCAAGCCAGUUGUGUAAGUCGCAAAAACCAAGCGAUACAAACGAAAUCAACGAUGACGACGACGAAUUUAAGUUCAAAACUACAAGCAAGACCAAAAAUGAAAACCAUUCGCCUCAAAUGUACAUUUCGCCCUACAGAAAACCGUUACAACUUUUAAAUAGGAAAAAGAAAGACGAAAAGGGCUUUCCAAAGAAAUUAAACAGACCUAAAAAGCCACAGCGGCCGCAAAAUCAAAGCCACUCUGAACAUGAAAGUUUCAUCAAAUCUAUUUUAUCUAAACCUUUUAAAAUCCCCAUUGUAAACUAUAAGGGGUCAUGUUUAUCCCGUGGGUUAGGGGUAAGACGGCAGUUACUACGACAGCCACUUCAUGAUCCAUUUGAAGAAGAUGCUCUUGUCUUAUACCAUCCUCCAGAGCUGUCACCCCAUGAAGUGAUGAAAAUGGAUAAAUCAAAGAUACCAGUUCAUGUUGUUGUUGACCCAAGGCUAUCGAAAGUCUUACGCCCCCAUCAAAGAGAAGGAGUUAAGUUUUUAUUUGAUUGUGUCACUGGUGUAAGGGUGAAGGAACAACAUGGAUGUAUUAUGGCUGAUGAGAUGGGACUUGGUAAAACACUGCAGUGUAUAACUCUAAUGUGGACACUGCUUAAACAGGGACCUGACAUGACCCCAAUAAUAGAGAAAGCAGUUGUUGUUUCACCUUCUAGUUUGGUUAAGAAUUGGGAGAAGGAGGUUAACAAGUGGUUGGGUGGUCAGGUACAAACCCUUGCCAUUGAUUCAGGAUCUAAACAAGAAAUUGAUCGGAACCUGGAUCAAUUUAUGAGCCAGCAUGGGCGUCGUGUUGGUCUACCCAUCUUGCUCAUUUCCUAUGAAACUUUUCGACUCCAUGCGAAGGUUCUCCAUAAAGGAAAGAUUGGAUUAGUCAUCUGUGAUGAAGGACACAGACUAAAGAAUUGUGAGAAUCAGACAUACAGCGCACUUGCUAAAGUCAACUGUAAAAGGAGAGUGCUUUUAUCAGGGACUCCUAUACAGAAUGAUCUUCUUGAAUAUUUCAGUCUUGUGCAUUUUGUUAAUGAAGGAUUACUUGGUACUGCAAAUGAAUUCAAGAAAAAAUUUGAAUUCCCCAUACUCCGGGGUCGCGAUUCUUCUGCAUGUGAUGAUCAUAAAAAACUUGGUGAAACAAAAUUAAAGGAACUUGUUGAUCUUGUUAACUUGUGUAUUAUAAGAAGGACUUCUGAUAUACUUUCAAAGUACCUGCCUGUAAAAACCGAGCUCAUUAUAUGCUGCCCACUUACAACUCUACAGUUUGAGUUAUAUAAUAGCUUUGCUAAUAAACAAGAGUUUAUAUGCGACUCAAUUCAACCUACAAAGAAACGAAAGAAAAACUCGGAAGGUGUUACAAGUGGAGGGCUAACAGCUAUCACACAACUUAAAAAGCUUUGCAACCAUCCUGCACUUAUAUAUGAAAAAUGUUUGCAACAAGAAUCAGGUUGCGAAGACAUGAGAAAAAUCUUUCCAUCAAAUUUUAAUCCGAAACUUGUUCAGCCUGAAUUAUCUGGCAAGAUGAAGUUAGUUGAUUAUCUGUUAGCCGUCACACGUACAUCUACGUCAGAUAAGUUUGUUCUUGUAUCGAACUAUACGCAAACCUUGGAUUUGUGUGAACAACUGUGUAGAUCGAGAAGGUAUAUGUUUGUACGCUUGGAUGGGAGCAUGACGAUCAAGAAACGAGCAAAAGUAGUUGAGAAGUUUAACAAUCCAUCGUCACCGGAGUUUGUGUUUAUGUUGAGCAGUAAAGCUGGAGGUUGUGGCUUGAACCUGAUUGGUGCAAACAGACUUGUGAUGUUUGAUCCAGAUUGGAAUCCAGCCAAUGACGAACAAGCGAUGGCUCGUGUGUGGAGGGAUGGGCAGAAGAAACCUUGUUUUAUUUACAGGUUAUUAGGCACUGGAACAAUAGAAGAGAAGAUUUUUCAACGGCAAGCUCACAAGAAAGCUCUCUCGUCAUGCGUGGUUGACCAAGAGGAAGAUGUAGCACGUCACUUCUCACGUGACCAACUACGUGACCUUUUCUCCCCACUGCGUCAGGAUGGUACACAAAGCGAUACACACGACAGUUUACGUUGCACAAGGUGUGUUAACCGAAUCCAAGUACGCCCCCCGCCCCCCGAUGCAGAUUGCAACUCCGAUUUGACGAACUGGAAACACUGCUACCAAUCCAAGGAUAUAUCGGAUCUUGUGUUGCGGCAAAUAUGGAAGCAAACCGGAGCUACUUUCGCCUUCACGCAAGUGUCGCAUGAAGAACAAAGAAUUACGGUUUGAUGACGUCAUUCGUGACGUCAUACUAGCCGACGACGUCAUCCUCGACGCUAUAUUGUCUCGGUACAAUAGUCAAACAGUUAUGUCAUAAUACCUCAGUGACGCCAUUAAACAGUGACGUCAUGUCGUAGAAUAAAUCAGCAAGAAAUAGGACGAGGGUUAUUUUUAUCAAGGUCAGUUUGUCAUUGCAUUUUUUCCCACUUAGCACUGAAAAAAUUGGUUAUUUUACGUUUAUUUCACUUUAUAUUGCUGCACAUUCAAUUUGUUUUCCCUGUUUUACUCCGCGUGCAUUAUUAUUAAAUACUAAACGCUUUUGUGUAUU